AUGUCAGGAAACCUGUCUCUGUGGGUUUCCACUCCAGCAGAUCCUUUACAAAAUGGCCUGCUGAACUCAUCUGUUCCACCCUGGGAGGCUCCAUCCUUCACUGUGGCUGCCCGCUGCCGUGUAGUAGCCACCCUGGUGCUGUUUGUCUUCGCCGCCUGCAGUAACCUGUCAGUCCUGAUCAGUGUGUGCUGGGGGCGGGGUUAUCGCCUGGCAGCACACCUGCGCCCGCUCAUUGCCAGUUUGGCAUCAGCUGAUCUGGUGAUGACUUUUGUGGUCAUGCCACUGGAUGCCAUUUGGAAUAUCACAGUGCAGUGGUAUGCUGGGGAUAUAAUGUGUAAGCUGCUGUGUUUUCUCAAGCUAUUUGCCAUGCACUCAGCAGCAUUCAUACUUGUGGUGGUAAGUCUGGACCGCUAUCGGGCCAUCCUUCAUCCUCUGGAUUCGCUCGAUGCUGGGCUCAGGAACAGACGCAUGCUUCUGGUGGCCUGGACUCUGAGCCUGCUGCUGGCAUCACCACAGCUGUUCAUCUUUCGGGCCAUUAAAGCUGAAGGAGUGGACUUCACUCAGUGUGUCACCCACGGAAGUUUCCGGUAUCUCUGGCAAGAGACGGCAUACAAUAUGUUUCACUUUGUGACACUGUAUGUCUUCCCCCUACUUGUCAUGACCUUCUGCUACACCUGCAUCCUCACCAAGAUCAAUCGGCAAAUGCACAAGAGCAAAGAUGGUGAACACUGCCUCAGACGCAACGGAACAGACAAGAUACCCAAAGCCCGGAUUAAGACCCUUAAAAUGACCAUUGUGAUUGUUAGCUCCUUUGUUAUCUGCUGGACACCUUACUACCUCCUGGGGAUCUGGUACUGGUUCCAACCAGCCAUGAUCCAGCACACACCUGAGUAUGUGCACCACAUACUGUUUGUCUUUGGUAACCUGAACACAUGCUGUGACCCAGUCAUCUACGGCUUCUACACAGCGUCUUUUCGGGCUGACCUCGCUGACGUUGUUGCGUGCUGCCACAGUAAUGCCUCACCUCACCCUGUGGAUCGUAUUUCUGGUAGAAGUGCUCGAGCUCCAGUGGAAAUGGAGUCUGAUCUAAGCUCAAACCAGCAGAGUGGGAACCCUGGUUAAACCGUGGUGACCUGAUUCUGAGGAAUUAACCAAUGGCCUUAGUGAAGGUAUCAGCUGUUUGAUGCUCAACCAUGACUAUAUUACUGGAAGGUGAAAAACUUGGCUUUUCUCUGUAGGACUGUGUGAGCCGUAGAACUGUGUUAUCUUUGCUUCUCUUCAUGGAUGUCAGAUAAUCGCCAACCCUUUGUAGGCUGGCUCAGGUUUGACUCGGACCAACACUUAGUUAUGCUCCUAUAGGUUUAAAUUCCCAGGUUACUUCUAACACACUGAUCUCCUCUCUCUAUUUGUGUGCAUUCAUGUCUCAUUAAUGCAUGUUAACUAAGCUUCUUCCCCAGAGUCCGUGCUUUCUCAUCUCGCAGAUUUCCUUGGAUUGUGGUGGCACCUGGAUUGUGGCUGCAGCUGCUGCUGUGGUCCUGCUCUGUGCCCACUGUUGCUUGUGUAUCAAUAUUGUAAUGAUGUGCAUCUUUUUUUUUUCUCUGUCCAUAUUUUUCACUCUCUCUCUCAAUUCAGUUUAAUUCAAAGGGGCUGUAUUGGCAUGACAGUUUUCUAAAGCAUCAAAAUAUAGUUUGUCCAUAUUUGGACAGCACCCUACACAAUAAAACAGCAAUAUGAACAUUAACACACUAAAUCAAUCAUCAAUUUUAUUUGCCACAUCAAAUUAUACAAUGUACAAUUCCAGUAAAAAGUUAUCCCAUCAGCUCCUUCAUGUGCAUGAAUCAUCAUAUAGGAUACAUACAAUGUUGCCGUCAGAUCGGCACACAGAAAAGGGUCACUUGGUUUAAUGGCACCAGCACUCUAGGAUCCAGCCAAGUCUUGGCCGAUGGACACCUCAGCUCCAGACAUCCCAGUGAAAAUGG